GUUUAAUGUGGUUUAGUGUAAUAACUAUAAACCGGUUUCUAAUCAUCCGGUUAUAGAUAAUUACACCAGAUAGUUGCUUGCUAGUGCCAGCGUCGCUUCUUCCUCCUGAGAAAGUUCGUGGCUUUCAACCUCUCUGUGUCUUCGAAUCCGUAAAGUGGUGUGCAAAAGGGAAAAUGGGAAGAGAAAAGAGUCCUGGCUUGAAAAUCCUCUGGGUCUGGACUAUCGGCACUGCUGCUAUAUUGGUGGCGAGUGUUGUCCGGACAAGAAUGCAUGACAUGGAGACUAUGAUGAACCAGGAACAAUCGCCCAAACAAAACCAGAACAUAACUGCUACUCAUCCCGUCUUAACCGAUGAAACCGUUUUGCCUGAGUCUGAUCGAGAGAUUGCCAAAGAGCUCAAGUGAAGAACAAGACUGCUUCUGCUGUUUUUUUUAUCUUGUUUCUCCUCUUCCUUAGUUUUUUGUAUGUUUAGUAUGCGACUAUCAUCAUUACAAGAUCCUAGAUGUUUACAUGGAGAAUAAUUUGACAAAUGAGUCGAGUUUGUUGUACUAAAGAUAUAGCAAAAGACAUGAAUAUCC